UCCAGUGCUUAAGCCAGAAGUGGCACCUUCUGGGGUGGGCUUUGAUGGAUGUGUAGAAGUCUUCCGGGAGCAGAAGAGGGGAGUGGGUCCGGCCUGUGCAAAGGGCUGGGGGGCAGUUUCAGUCUCAGCUUCAGAAGAACAAACGUUCUCUCAAAACAAAGGAAGAGGGCCGCCAACUGCGGAGGAAGCAGGAAGCCGUCGGCCCCUGUGCCAGCCCAGCUGCUGCAGCGCCGGGAGGCGACGGGCCAGCGAGGGCGGCCGGGCAGCGGGAUGGAGUCCGUGGCCCUCUACAGCUUCCAGGCCACCGAGAGCGAUGAGCUGGCCUUCAACAAGGGGGACACGCUCAAGAUCCUGAACAUGGAAGACGACCAGAACUGGUACAAGGCCGAGCUCCGGGGUGCCGAGGGGUUCAUCCCCAAGAACUACAUCCACGUCAAGCCGCACCCGUGGUACUCGGGCAGGAUUUCCCGGCAGCUGGCGGAGGAGAUCCUGAUGAAGCGCAACCACCUGGGAGCCUUCCUAAUCCGGGAGAGCGAGAGCUCUCCAGGGGAGUUCUCCGUCUCCGUGAACUACGGGGACCAGGUGCAGCACUUCAAGGUACUGCGGGAGGCCUCGGGCAAGUACUUCCUGUGGGAGGAGAAGUUCAACUCCCUCAACGAGCUGGUGGACUUCUACCGCACCACCACCAUCGCCAAGAAGCGGCAGAUCUUCCUGCGGGACGAGGAGCCCCUGCUCAAGCCGCCCCGGGCCUGCUUCGCCCAGGCCCAGUUCGACUUCUCGGCCCAGGACCCCUCGCAGAUGAGCUUCCGCCGAGGGGACAUCAUUGAGGUGGUGGAGCGCGUGGACCCCCACUGGUGGCGCGGCCGGCUGGGGGGGCGCGUGGGCUUCUUCCCGCGGAGCUACGUGCAGCCGGUGCACCUGUGAGCGCGCCCACUCCGUGGAGAGGACACUGAGGCCGCGGGGCUCGGGGGAAGACGGGGGCUCCUGAUGCCGCCCCCGACCUCCGGCCCCGCCGGCCACCCAGCCAGCUGCCCACACACGCCCGCGGACGAGGGGAGCCCCCGCCUGUGCCCGGCCCCCGCCCCCUGGGCCAGUAGCGCGGUGGGUGGCUGUGGAUGGGGUCGGCAGAGCCCCCGCCCCCUCAUCCCAUCAAUCACCGCCUCCUCACAGAGGGUGGGGUCUGGUGACCCCCUGUGGGGGCUCAACCCAGGGAGAGCCCUGGGCUUGGUGGGUGGGUUCACCUGGGGCCAACCCCCUGCCUGCCCCCUCCUUUGAAAGGCCCCUUGAGACAGGUAAGGGGGUGCUGCAGGCCUGUGACCCCAACCAGUGGACAGCACUUCUGGGCAGCACCAGACCUGUGGGUGGGCCGCUGGAACCCCCAGGAUGGGGGCGGCCACCCACCCUGUUUGCUGGUGUCACCUCCAGAAGCCCCCAGCCCCAUGGACAACUUCUGAGGGGAAGGGGCUGCACCAGCCAUGCGGGGCUGGGGGCUGCAGCGGUUCUUGUCAGUUCAGGCCCCGGUUCUGCCGAGAGCAGGGAGCAGGGGCACGGGGCUGGGGCCGGAAACCUAUAGCCCACGAGGGCACCUGGGGCCAGGGCUGGACUUUGGAGGCCCAGCAGGGCCGCAUUCUGGGUCGGGGGCACAGCGGGACUAAAGGGGGGCACCCAGACGGGGGAGCUGCAGCCUUGGGGACCAGGGACACUGAGAGGGUUCCUGAAAGGGCCUUGCCGGGGGACCCACCUCGCUCCUGGGCAGGAGAGAGGCCCCUGCACCCGGCCGCAGCCACUCCAGGCCCCGAGAUCCCCGAGCUCCCCAAGCUCUGGAAGGUUCUGCUGCCCCUGCCCCGGGCCGGUGCGUUCACAAUAAAAACAGUCAACCGAGUACCGGGCCACCCCUGAA